GGAAUUUGGUGUUGUGAAAAGCCGAGGCCAAAUUCAUCUCCGAGAAAACCCUAGUAGCUUUCUCCAUUCCUCUCCGUGAAGCUCCCAAGUUCCCAUGGCGACGGCAACAAUAUCUAAAGUCGAAAACCCUAAAAUCACUGCAGAUCUCAACCUAACUCCUCCGAGCACCGAAGGCGCGUCAUCAACCGAUCAAACGCCGGGUCAACGUGGAGGCGACGGCGAAUCCAACGGCAAACUGCCGCCGGGGAAAACCAUCAACGCCGAUGGAGACGGCUCAGCUGCUGAUAUUCAGAAGAAAUUGAAGCGUGCAGAGCGGUUUGGAAUGCCUGUGCACCUGUCCGACGAAGAGAAGCGUAAUUCUCGAGCUGAGAGGUUUGGCACCAGUCCAGCUAUCAGUGAAUUAGAUUCAUCAAAGCAGUCUGAGGAGCUGAAGAGGAAGGCUAGAGCAGAGAGGUUUGGGGUACUGCAAUCUACACCAGCUGAUGAUGAUGCGAAGAAGAAAGCUAGACUUGCUAGGUUUGGAUCUUCUGUGACUGAUUCGUCAGAGGAAGAUAAAAAGAAAGCUAGGGCGCUCAGGUUUGCGCAGCCAGAUUCUGGUUCAAAGGUAAAUGCAGUUGAUAAUAUUAAAGUGGGCAGUUAUGAAGAUGAUAAUUUCAGCAAUGAAGACAACUAUUGCUGGCAAGGCUGGUCCAGGAACCUAAAGAACUUAUGGUUCGAGUAUUUAACCUCAUGUUCCUCCCUGUGAUUUUCAUGCUGACUCACUAACAUGGGUUCGUGUAGCAUUGUUCUUUCAACUUACAUCAAUGCACAAGGAUCACAGUUUUCUUUAUUUCCAAACUCAAUUAGUUAUGGUUUUCCUGGUGAUACCUGGGUUAAUUAGUGGCCAUGUCUGUGGUGUUAACAUGUUCUAGAUGACCAUCAACCAUAUUUAGAUUAAUAAGAUCCUUAGGUCCGUUUCUUUUCUUUUCUUUUUUUUUUUUCGUUUUCUUGAUUGUCGUGAUUCGGUUUUAGUAAAUUUUUGUUUGAUUGGUUUAUAUCUCAAAAGUUUGUGGUCUGUUUUAUUGUAGCCUCAUGGUUGUUAGACCUUUACUGGAUUAAUUUGCAGUUGCUUCUGUGAAGUCAUAAAAGGGGAUUUUCUCAACUAUGUUAGGUGUUAACUGCCUGUUAAAAGUCAUACUGGAAUUAGUUUUGAGAAUUUGUCUUGUUUCUGGAGAAAGCUUAAUGCUCUAUGAAAAAGGAUCAACUAUAUGUGCCUGGACUCAGGUACAAGGGUCUUUGAGAAAAAUAUUUCAUCGAAAAAAUUUGAAAGGAUCUCAUGAAUUCACUGUUUUAUGGCGAAAAUUAUUAUCUCCCUUGGUUUUAUACCCUCAAUCGUGUUUUCGUCAAUAUGCAUUUUUUACUUUUUUGGUUUUUUGCUGCGUACUUCUCAAGAGUUUGAUUAAUAAACUGUAGCAUCAUUAGUGUGUGUGUGUGUGUGUUUUCUUUUCUUUUUUUUUUCUUUUUAGGAAUUUGCUUGGUAGCUAAUUACUCUAUGCAUGUGUUGUCAUGUGUUUAUUAUGGUUAUGAAGA